ACAUGUAAUGACAGUCGACGUUGGAGGGGCCUGCAUAUUAAAACACUACGCAGCAGGUGGAGGUGGAUGUCCUUGAGUCGUGGUUUGUUUGCUGUGCUGCGUUUACAUUGGAGUUGUGGCUGGUCCGGGUGCAUUGCGGCCAGGGAGUGAAUUGGCGGUCUCUCUUUUUCCGUGUGCGUAAAAGUGGUGCAGAGCAGAACGGGUGGUCAUAAAUACGGCACGACCGGCGCAGCACUGUCAAUAUAUGUUGUUACAGCAGUCUUUGAAAGGCGCUUUGUGCAUCAGUAAUCCGUUCUGAUGUCACCGUGCAGAAGGAGGGACUGACCGCUUGGGCCUAAUCUAUGCAAGUUGUCUAAAGGGACAGAGAUAGACUGGAAGAUGGCGAGGCGGACCGUAAUACGAUCUACCCGCUCCUAAUACACAGGCAGUGCUUCAAUUAGCAUUUCCUUCGAAACCUAAGGAGCAUGCUCAGAACGUGAACAGAACAGAGCAGCAUGAGUCAGAGGGAGCAGGGGGAGGAGCUUAGAUCUCCGGGAGCCGUGGGGGAGGAGCCUAGGGCCGCUCGUAGCCGCCAGCCCAACGGCACUGCGGGGGAGCCUGUCCGGAGGAGCUGGAGACCCUGCCAGAUGAUGGGCCAGGACGAGCAGAACCCUCAUCAUCAUCAUCAUCCCCCUCCUCCUCACCAGCAUCACCAGGGGCGCGGACCCCCCCGACACCGCAAACGACCCUCCCCGGGUCACGACUCUGAGCCCCACCUCACACACCCCGCGCGCCCGGGCGUGUCCCGGUACCGUCGCCAGGGAGACAAUGCCCCGAGGGUCAGAGGUCACAGGCAGAGACCGCCGCAGUCACCUGACCCUCCUCGGGAGAGACGGACGCCUGAUGGACCAAUGGAACAGCAGCGUGUGGCACACGCCCCUCUGAACCACCAAUCACAGGACGCUGCAGCACCUGACCUCACUCCUGUUGCUAUAGUAACACCUACAGACCACAAGGUGGAUUUCCUCACCCCGGAUUUGACCCCCGAGGACCAGCUCCCUCCCUCCCCCCUUCCCUCCCCCCUCUUGGAGGACAACCAGGAAGAAGCCGAAGGGUUCCAUCCAAUCACAGCUCAGUAUACUAGUGCGGAGGGGAAGAACCCAGGAGAGGAGGAUGAAGGAUGGGAAGAGGAAUGUGUAGAGGAGGAGCGACGUGAAGAAAAAGAUGGAGGAGAGGAUGGAGGAGAGGACGAAGAAGGGGUUGAAGGAGAGGAGGCAGGAGAGGAGGCAGAGGAGGAUGAAGGAGGGGGUAUAGGAGAGGAGGGAGGAGAGGAUGUUGGGGUUGAAAGAAGUGAAGAUGGAGGGAGGGAUGAGGAGGAAGAGGGAGCAAACGACCCAUGCUCUGACACAGAGAGUGCUGCCUCUCUGAGCAUGGAGGCUCCUCCCCACAGCCCUCCUCCCCUCCUAUCACCAUCCACCCCCUCGUCCCCGGACACGCCCAAGUUCCCGCCCCUGCGUCAUCAACUCGACCACUUUGACCAAUACGACGAGGAUCCCAGCCAGAGCCCCACCCCCGACGACGACCCUUUACCCGACGACGAGAGAAGCCCAGAUUCCUACUCCUACUCCACCUCCUACCCCAAAACCUACGCUGACUUUUACACCCAGGCUCACCCGCAUUCCAACCACGAGCCCUUUUCAGAUUCCUACUCCGAGCCAUAUGCCAAAUCUUACCCCAGCUCCUUCCCUGAACCCCUCAAGGUGUCCUACCCAGAGCUGCCCAGGGAGCCUGGUAGGAGGUCAGGGAGGAGAGCGGACCAGUCCUACCCCAGCCACAGACACAGACCCAGGGAAGCUCCAGAGCCCCACCCUGCGGAUCGCGAUUUCCGAGCCCCCAGACAGAGCAGGGAUGUGGGAUCCCACCGGCCCAGUGCCUGGCAGGGGACCUCCGUGGGCUCCAGGCUUCACCACUACAACGGGCAUUCAGACGGCGAGGGCGACAGCUCCAGGGAGAGCCUCAGUUCCCACAAUUUGCCGCCACCCACCAGGUACACUAUGGCGGAAGCCCAGGUAGAGUGCCCUCGCCCUGGCAGGGGCGGUCCAGGCGAGUCCCAGGAUGAGACGGGCCUCUCGGAGAAGAGUGCGAGGGGAUCGGGAGAUGCGAUCACUCUGGCUAUUAAGGAUAUCAAAGAGGCCAUAGAGGAGGUGAAGAUUAAGACUGUGCGGUCCCCGUACACCCCUGACCGCUCCAUAGAGCCAGUCUGGGUGAUGAGGCAGGAGGUCAGUCCUUCAGAGGAGGAGUUCCCCUCACAGCCACUAGGGGGCAACAACAGCUCUGUUCCCCAGUCCCCCUCCCAAUCUUUCUCUCAGUCUCCAUCCCUCUAUCCCCCAGCUCCUACUACAGCUUCUGCUCCAAUCCCAGAGCCUGCCUUCAAUGUGAGGGCGGAGUCUUCUAGAACUCACCAAUCCCAGCAGAGGGAGCCUCCCAGGCUGCCUCAGCCAACCAUAGAAGAGAUACGACGAGCAAUGCCCUCCUUCCCUACAUUUGUGGAGGUCCCUGGACCAUGUGACCCAGAUGACCUCAUCGACGGCAUCAUCUUUGCAGCGAGCUACCUUGGCUCCACCCACCUGCUGUCGGAGAGGACGCCCACAAAGUCGGCCCGCAUGCAGCAAGCCCAGGAGGCAAUGAGCAGAGUCCGGGCUGCCCAGAAACAAGCUAAAAACAGGAAGAAGCAGCCCCCCGAGACAGAACUCCCAGCCUCGACAGAAGUAGAUCUCUUCAUGUCCACGCAGAGGAUCAAAGUUCUGCACGCUGACAAUCAGGAGUCUCUGAUGGAUCUUCUCCUGAGGACCAUCUCCUACAUAGCAGACAUCGGGAACAUGGUGGUUCUGAUGGCCCGGGGUAAGAUGGUACGGUCCAGAAGUGCUCAGGACAAUCUGGACCAAACCAACGAGCACCCGGGCAGCGCCCGCGAUGACCGGCGCCAGUACAGGAUGGUCUGCCACGUGUUCGAGUCGGAGGAUGCCCAGCUGAUAGCUCAGUCCAUCGGCCAGGCGUUCAGUGUGGCCUACCAGGAGUUCCUGAGAGCCAAUGGCAUCGACCCUGAGGACCUGAGCCAGCGGGAGUACAGCGACCUGCUCAACACCCAGGACAUGUACAACGAUGACCUCAUCCACUUCUCCAAGUCGGAGAACUGCAGAGACGUGUACAUAGAGAAGCAGAAGGGGGAGAUUCUGGGCGUGGUGAUUGUGGAGAGCGGCUGGGGUUCCAUCCUGCCCACCGUUAUCAUCGCCAGCAUGAUGCAUUCUGGGCCGGCGGAGAAGUCCGGUCGGCUCAACAUCGGAGACCAGAUAAUGACCAUUAACGGGACCAGUCUGGUGGGACUGCCUCUCAACACCUGCCAGAGCAUCAUCAAGGGUCUGAAGCCCCAGUCCAGGAUCAAGAUGAACAUGGUCAAGUGUCCUCCUGUUACCAUGGUGCUUAUACGCAGACCGGACCUACGAUACCAGCUGGGCUUCAGCGUACAGAACGGCAUUAUCUGCAGCUUGAUGAGGGGUGGGAUAGCAGAGAGGGGCGGGGUCAGGGUGGGCCACCGCAUCAUCGAGAUCAACAGCCAGAGCGUGGUGGCCACGCCCCACGAGAAGAUCGUCCACAUCCUGUCCAACGCCGUGGGCGAAAUCCACAUGAAGACAAUGCCGGCAGCCAUGUACCGUCUGCUGACAGCCCAGGAACAGCCUGUCUACAUUUGACUGACUGCAUCACACAACCCUCAAAACCCCUACCACCCUUCCCAACUCACCCCUCUACCCUACCAUCUCACUCCUCCCACCUCUUACCAAGUUAUUUCUUCACUUUGGUUUGUUCACGCAGUCUUGGACCUAUUGCUUGUU